GCCACGGCUCUGCGCUACCCAUGGCUUUGGGCCUCAACAAGGGCCACAAGGUGACCAAGGACGUGAGCAAGCCGAGGCACAGACGCCGCCGCUGGCGCCUCACCAAGCACACCAAGUUUGUGCGCGACAUGAUCCGGGAGGUGUGCUGCUUCACCCCUUAUGAGCGGCGGGCCAUGGAGCUGCUCAAGGUCUCCAAGGACAAGCGGGCCCUCAAGUUGGUCAAGAAAAGGGUGGGGACACACAUCCAUACCAAGAGGAAGAGAGAAGAGCUGAGCAAUGCCCUGGCCGCCAUGAAGAAGGUGGCAGCCAAGGGCUGAGCCCUUACCCUCUGUGCACAAUAA